AUGGGCGAUCAGAUAGAACCGCUGGGUUUAAAAGAAUUUCAUCUGGGAAAGGAUGUAAGGAAAGAAAUGAUGGACGUUCUUCCUAAAUUGCCGGCUUGGAAAGAGGAUAUCUUUGUUGCGUCCUAUCCACGAUCAGGUUCCACUUGGACUCAGGAAAUUGUCUGGCAAAUUCUUCAUGACGGUCAAAUCGACCAGCGUCGAUUGGAUGAGCGAGUGCCUUUUGUAGAAGGGAUGAUUCUGGGCAUUAAAUCUUAUCCCUAUACUGUGACGGAUGCUAAGUCCGCCGUUAAAGUGUUUACCAGCUUCCCUAAACCUCGUGUAUUUAAAACUCAUCUUCCUUAUAGCUUGGUACCGAUGGGCUUAGAUGAAGCUAACAAGCCUCGAUACAUUUAUGUAAUGCGCAAUCCCAAAGAUGUGUUUGUGUCUAUAUAUAAUCAUCGUCGCAACAUGCCCUAUUUGGUGGAAUUCCCUACUUGGGAUGAGGCCUUCAAACGUCUUAUUACAGGAGAUUCUGCAUUUGGCUUGCAUUUUGAUCACGUGUUAGGCUGGUGGAAGCAAAGGGACGAUCCCAACAUUUUGUUUCUUACAUACGAGGAAAGAAUAAAGGAUCCAGAAGAUGCUGUUCAAAAGAUAGCAAAAUUCAUUGGUAAAGAGAUUUCUCUUGAAACACGUGACCUCAUUGUCCGACAAACGUCCUUCGACGCCAUGAAGAGCUCUAAUUACACACCAAUUUUGCUUGGUUUGAAGGAAGUUGUUGGUUUGGGUAAUCAUUCCCUUCCUGACACACGCCAUAGUGUUGGAAUGCUUGUAGUUGACUGUCUUGCCAAGUAUUUGGGAACUUCAUGGCAUUUCAAUAAGCAAUCUUUGGUCACAAUAUAUAAUGUGAACCCAUCUGAUGUUAUUCUUUUUCAUGAUGACCUUGACAGACCUUUAGACAUCAGAAGAAGGAAAGAGGCGCAAGUCACGCACGGCCUGCAGUUUGAUCACGUGCUAGGCUGGUGGAAGCAAAGGGACGACCCUAACAUUUUGAUUCUUACUUAUGAGGAUAGAGUACAGGAUCCAGGAGAUGCUGUUGACAAGAUUGCAAAGUUCAUUGGUAAAGAAAUCUCUCCUGCAACACGUGACCUCAUCGUCCGACAAACGUCCUUUGACGCCAUGAAGAGCUCGAAUUACACCAACUUUACUUGGUUUGAAGGAAUAAAAGGGGACGGCUUUAUAAGAAAAGGUCAAGUAGGAGGAUGGAAAGAUUACUUCACUGAAGAACAGAACGAGUUGUUUGACAAAGUCUUUAGUGAAAGAGUAGGAGAUCUUGAGACUCUAAGCUUGAGGAGAGUUCGUGUAGGGAUAGGAAGACCCAGCAAGAGAAAUAAUGUGACAGAAUAUGUCUUGAGCAAUUUUGAUCCAUCAGAGAUACCAGUCUUGGAAAGGACAAUAGAACAGUGCUGUGAGGUCCUCAUGAAGGAGCUUCAGUUAUUAAGAUCAUAG